CCUUGCGCGUGCAGGGGGCGGGGCGCAGAGUAAGGGUGAAGCUGUCGUUCCGGAUUGCAGAGGCAGCUCCCCCGUUUCCGCCAUUGCGGCUCCUGCCCGAUAGUCAGCGAGGAACAGCCGGAGGACGCCCUCUCCUAGACAGGCGGCGCACUGAGGACAUCUUACUACUAUCACCAAUCCGUGAGAGAGGCGACAGCCCGGGGAGAAGAGAGAAGCAGCACAGCUCGUAACCGCCAUGGCUCAGAUACUACCCAUCCGCUUCCAGGAGCACCUGCAGCUCCAAAAUCUGGGUAUUAACCCAGCGAAUAUUGGCUUUAGCACGCUUACAAUGGAGUCCGACAAGUUCAUCUGCAUCAGGGAGAAGGUUGGAGAACAAGCCCAAGUAGUUAUCAUUGAUAUGAACGACCCCAGCAAUCCUAUUCGUAGACCAAUUUCAGCCGAUAAUGCCAUUAUGAAUCCAGCCAGCAAAGUCAUUGCGCUGAAAGCAGGCUCUGCAGAGAAUGCCUCACCACAGGCUGGGAAAACCCUCCAGAUCUUUAACAUUGAAAUGAAAAGUAAAAUGAAGGCUCACACCAUGACAGAUGAUGUCACCUUUUGGAAGUGGAUCUCGCUGAACACUGUGGCUCUAGUAACUGACAAUGCUGUAUAUCAUUGGAGCAUGGAGGGGGAAUCGCAGCCAGUAAAGGUGUUUGAUCGCCACUCCAGCCUGGCAGGAUGCCAGAUCAUUAACUACCGCACCGAUGCAAAACAGAAGUGGCUGCUUCUCACCGGAAUAUCUGCCCAGCAAAACCGUGUCGUUGGAGCAAUGCAGCUGUACUCUGUGGACAGGAAAGUGUCUCAACCCAUCGAGGGCCACGCAGCCAGCUUUGCCCAGUUCAAAAUGGAAGGGAAUGCGGAGGAGUCCACCUUGUUCUGCUUUGCAGUAAGAGGCCAGGCUGGAGGAAAGUUGCAUAUCAUAGAAGUUGGAACACCCCCCACUGGUAACCAGCCUUUCCCAAAGAAGGCAGUGGAUGUUUUCUUCCCCCCAGAAGCCCAGAAUGACUUUCCUGUGGCCAUGCAGAUUAGUGAAAAACAUGAUGUUGUCUUCUUAAUUACCAAGUAUGGCUACAUUCACCUCUAUGAUCUUGAAACCGGCACCUGCAUUUAUAUGAACAGGAUUAGCGGAGAGACCAUAUUUGUCACCGCACCACAUGAAGCCACUGCUGGAAUUAUUGGAGUCAACAGGAAGGGCCAGGUUCUGUCUGUCUGUGUAGAAGAAGAAAAUAUUAUCCCAUACAUCACAAAUGUCCUGCAGAACCCCGAUCUAGCCCUGCGCAUGGCUGUCCGCAACAAUCUUGCCGGAGCAGAGGAACUGUUUGCUCGUAAAUUUAAUACUCUCUUUGCCCAGGGAAACUAUUCAGAGGCAGCAAAGGUGGCUGCAAAUGCACCAAAGGGUAUUCUUCGGACUCCAGAGACAAUAAGACGCUUUCAAAGCGUUCCUGCACAGCCUGGUCAGACCUCACCACUGCUACAGUAUUUCGGCAUUCUCUUGGACCAGGGUCAGCUGAAUAAAUACGAGUCUCUGGAAUUAUGUAGACCUGUCCUACAGCAGGGUCGCAAGCAGCUCCUUGAGAAGUGGUUAAAGGAAGAUAAGCUUGAGUGCUCAGAGGAGCUGGGAGAUCUUGUGAAGUCUGUGGACCCAACAUUGGCUUUGAGUGUUUACCUGAGGGCUAAUGUUCCUAACAAGGUUAUUCAGUGUUUCGCAGAAACUGGGCAGGUUCAGAAAAUUGUCCUAUAUGCUAAAAAGGUUGGAUACACCCCAGACUGGAUUUUCCUGCUGAGAAAUGUCAUGAGAAUUAACCCAGAUCAAGGCCAGCAAUUUGCUCAAAUGUUGGUGCAGGACGAGGAGCCACUUGCUGAUAUCACACAGAUUGUGGAUGUUUUUAUGGAAUACAAUCUAAUCCAGCAGUGUACAGCUUUUCUGCUGGAUGCUCUAAAGAACAACCGCCCCAGCGAGGGUCCCUUGCAAACACGCUUGCUUGAGAUGAACCUAAUGCAUGCUCCACAGGUUGCAGAUGCUAUCUUGGGCAACCAGAUGUUCACACACUAUGAUCGUGCCCACAUCGCCCAGCUUUGUGAAAAAGCGGGUCUACUGCAAAGAGCUCUAGAACACUUCACAGAUCUGUAUGACAUCAAGCGUGCAGUUGUCCACACUCAUCUUCUCAAUCCAGAGUGGCUUGUUAAUUACUUUGGCUCUCUGUCCGUUGAAGACUCUCUUGAGUGCUUGCGUGCAAUGCUUUCUGCAAACAUCCGGCAAAACCUGCAGAUAUGUGUACAGGUGGCCUCCAAGUACCAUGAGCAGCUUUCUACCCAGUCUCUGAUUGAACUUUUUGAAUCGUUCAAGAGUUUUGAAGGGCUAUUUUAUUUCCUGGGCUCUAUUGUUAACUUCAGCCAAGAUCCUGACGUUCACUUCAAGUACAUUCAGGCAGCUUGCAAAACUGGUCAGAUAAAAGAAGUUGAGAGAAUUUGCAGAGAGAGUAACUGUUAUGACCCAGAGCGUGUGAAAAACUUCCUCAAGGAAGCUAAACUUACAGACCAGCUGCCACUCAUAAUUGUAUGUGACCGCUUUGACUUUGUCCAUGAUCUUGUCCUGUAUCUGUACAGAAACAAUUUGCAGAAGUAUAUUGAGAUUUAUGUCCAGAAGGUUAACCCUAGCCGAUUGCCUGUGGUUAUUGGUGGCCUGCUUGACGUAGAUUGCUCUGAGGAUGUAAUCAAGAGCCUCAUCCUUGUAGUGAGGGGACAAUUCUCCACUGAUGAACUUGUUGCUGAAGUUGAAAAAAGAAACCGGUUAAAGUUGCUGCUGCCAUGGUUGGAGUCUAGGAUCCACGAAGGCUGUGAGGAGCCAGCAACCCACAAUGCUCUGGCAAAGAUUUACAUUGACAGUAACAACAACCCAGAGCGCUUCCUUCGUGAAAACCCCUAUUAUGACAGCAGAGUUGUUGGAAAGUAUUGUGAAAAGAGAGAUCCCCAUCUGGCUUGUGUUGCAUAUGAGAGAGGACAGUGUGACUUGGAGCUUAUCAAUGUUUGCAAUGAAAACUCACUCUUUAAAAGCCUGUCAAGAUAUCUGGUACGCCGUAAAGACCCUGAAUUGUGGGCCAGUGUGUUGUUAGAAAGCAAUCCAUACAGAAGGCCUCUUAUUGAUCAGGUCGUACAAACAGCAUUGUCAGAAACCCAAGACCCAGAAGAAGUGUCUGUUACUGUAAAAGCUUUCAUGACCGCAGACCUUCCCAAUGAACUCAUUGAGCUAUUGGAGAAGAUUGUUUUAGAUAAUUCAGUCUUCAGUGAGCACAGAAAUCUCCAGAACUUGCUGAUCCUGACUGCUAUUAAAGCUGACCGCACCAGGGUUAUGGAAUAUAUUAAUCGUCUGGAUAACUAUGACGCUCCUGAUAUUGCAAAUAUCGCCAUCAGUAAUGAGCUGUACGAGGAAGCCUUUGCCAUUUUCAGGAAAUUUGAUGUGAACACUUCAGCCAUACAGGUUUUGAUUGAACACAUUGGAAAUCUGGACCGUGCUUAUGAAUUUGCUGAGCGCUGCAAUGAGCCAGCCGUUUGGAGCCAACUGGCAAAGGCUCAGCUGCAGAAAGGAAUGGUCAAAGAAGCAAUUGACUCCUACAUUAAAGCAGAUGAUCCUUCUUCUUACAUGGAAGUUGUCCAGGCUGCCAAUGCUAGUGGGAAUUGGGAAGAACUUGUCAAAUACUUACAGAUGGCCCGUAAGAAGGCAAGGGAGUCCUAUGUAGAAACAGAACUCAUCUUUGCUCUUGCUAAAACCAACCGCCUCACAGAACUUGAGGAGUUUAUUAAUGGACCUAACAAUGCUCAUAUUCAGCAAGUUGGUGAUCGAUGCUAUGAUGAGAAGAUGUAUGAUGCUGCUAAGCUGCUCUACAAUAACGUUUCAAACUUUGGCCGUUUGGCAUCCACAUUGGUUCAUCUGGGAGAAUAUCAAGCGGCUGUCGAUGGGGCACGAAAGGCAAACAGCACUCGCACAUGGAAAGAGGUUUGCUUUGCUUGUGUUGAUGGUAAAGAGUUCCGCCUUGCCCAAAUGUGUGGCCUUCACAUUGUGGUACAUGCUGAUGAACUGGAGGAGCUAAUAAACUAUUAUCAGGAUCGUGGGUAUUUUGAGGAGCUCAUCACCAUGCUUGAAGCAGCUCUGGGACUGGAGAGGGCACACAUGGGCAUGUUCACUGAGCUUGCCAUUCUGUAUUCUAAGUUCAAGCCACAAAAAAUGAGAGAGCACUUGGAGCUCUUCUGGUCCAGAGUGAACAUUCCCAAGGUGCUCAGAGCAGCCGAGCAAGCCCACCUUUGGGCAGAGUUGGUGUUCCUUUAUGAUAAAUAUGAAGAGUAUGAUAAUGCCAUUAUCACCAUGAUGAGCCACCCGACAGACGCAUGGAAGGAAGGACAGUUUAAAGAUAUUAUCACAAAGGUGGCCAACGUGGAGCUGUAUUACAGAGCAAUUCAGUUUUAUUUGGAAUUCAAGCCACUGUUACUGAACGAUCUCCUGAUGGUAUUGUCUCCAAGACUGGACCACACCCGCGCUGUCAACUACUUCAGCAAGGUGAAGCAGCUUCCUCUUGUAAAACCAUACCUCCGCUCAGUACAGAACCAUAACAAUAAAUCCGUCAACGAGGCUCUUAAUAACCUUUUCAUAACAGAAGAGGACUAUCAGGCACUUCGUACAUCCAUAGAUGCAUAUGACAACUUUGACAACAUAUCCCUUGCUCAGCGUUUGGAGAGGCAUGAGCUUAUUGAAUUUAGAAGAAUUGCUGCAUACCUUUUCAAGGGCAACAACCGCUGGAAACAAAGUGUCGAGCUGUGCAAGAAAGACCGGCUCUAUAAGGAUGCCAUGCAGUAUGGCUCUGAAUCCAAAGACACAGAACUGGCAGAGGAACUUUUGCAGUGGUUUUUGCUGGAAGGGAAGAAAGAGUGCUUUGCAGCCUGUCUCUUCACUUGUUACGACCUGCUGCGGC